CGUAAUCACUAUGGCUGCGUUCAGUAAAAGUAUACCGCAUAGCUGCUACGAGAUCGGGCACACAUGGAACACUUCCUGCACCAACUCUAUGCUGCAAGUCACAGUGGGAGCUUUGCAGGAGUCCCUGAAAAUCUAUGCGCCUCUUUAUAUCAUUGCAGCAAUCCUGCGAAGGCGGAAGUUAGACUACUAUAUUCACAAACUGCUUCCUGAGAUCCUCCGAUCGACCUCCUUCCUUACUGCAAAUGGUGGCCUCUAUAUUAUGUUUUUCUGUAUCCUCAGGAAACUGCUUGGGAAGUUCUACAUAUGGUCUGCAGGAUUUGGUGCAGCAUUGCCUGCUUCGUAUUUGGCCAUUCUGAUUGAAAGGAAAAGCAGGAGAGGCCUCUUGACAAUUUAUAUGGCUAACUUGGCAACUGAAAGUAUAUUCCGAAUGGCUGUAACAAGGGGUCUUAUCACACCAGUUAACCAUGGGGAGGUCCUGCUGUUUUGCUUCACUGCUGCCCUGUACAUGUUCUUCUUUAGGUGCAAAGAUGGCCUCAAAGGAUUUGCUUUCUCUGCACUUAAAUUUAUUGUUGGAAAGGAAGAAAUUCCAACACAUUCAGUUGUGGAGCACCGAAAUCCUAGUACGAGUCGCCAUGUUACUGAGCACCAGCUAGUAGAAGAUCGGACCAAGAAAACCAAGAAAUCUCUGAUAACAUUGACUGGACAAUUUAUUGACAGAAUUUGUAAACGUGGCCCAAGACACAGAUGUUGUAAGCAUUAUGAAGACAACUGCAUUUCCUAUUGUGUUAAAGGUUUUAUACGGAUGUUCAGUGUUGGCUACCUUAUUCAGUGCUGCCUUCGUAUUCCAUCUGCAUUAAGACACUUGUUUACAAAACCAUCCCGGUUAUUGUCUGCUUUGUACAAUAAAGAAAAUUUCCAGCUUGGAGCUUUUCUAGGAUCCUUUGUCAGUAUUUACAAGGGCACUAGCUGUUUUCUCCGAUGGGUAAGAGAUUUGGAUGAUGAGCUUCACGCACUGAUUGCUGGUUUCUUAGCCGGAAUGUCCAUGAUGUUUUACAAAAGCACAACAAUUUCCAUGUACCUGGCUUCCAAACUUGUGGAGACAUUGUAUUUCAAAGGCAUUGAAGCAGGAAAGUGUCCAUACGUUGCACGUGCAGACACCAUUAUCUAUGCAAUUUCUACAGCUGUAUGUUUUCAAGCAGCAGUGAUGGAAGUUCAGAACCUCCGGCCUUCCUACUGGAAAUUUCUGCUGAGGCUUACAAAGGGAAGAUUUGCUUUGAUGAACAGAAGGGUAUUGGACGUUUUUGGUACUGAAGCUUCGAGGGACUUUAAAGGAUUCAUCCCAAGACUGGAUCCAAGAUACACUCUUGUAAAACCAGAACUUGAACUUGAACUUCAUUCCUGAUUAUGAUGGGUUAGGAAAGACAUUCUUUGAACUUCAUUCCUGAUUAUGAUGGGUUAGGAAAGACAUUCUUUGGAAUGGUUCAGAUUCGUAGGCCCAUUUAGCACUGGAAGUUAUUACUUUUAAUGUUUCACCCGGAUGGGGUGAAGGGGGUGGUUGAGGGCAGGGGAAAUGGAUGAUUGCUGUUCUUGUUAUUUUCUUUAAGGGCUAUCUAUUGCACCUCUCUUCUGAUGUACAAUGUGAAUGCAUAAAGCACUUAAUCUUUGGAAGUUUAAUUGGUCUUAUUAAUUGAUUAUUCCAUUUUGUUGCAAUUUUUGCUGGUUAUUUAAAAUAUGAUAUUUUGGUAUCCUAUUAAUUCCACUUAUGCCAACUGCUUAUUUGCAAGUUAUUGGCCAUUUUAUAUAGCCAUGGUUAGUAGAAUUUUUUUGAAAUUGAUUUUUAUUCUUUUUAAAAAGUCUGCAGUGAUUGGUUCAUCCUUUAGCCAACAGCUGAUUGAUGAAUAAAACAAACAAGAUAUAAUCAAAACUCAUUUGUAUCCUAUAAUGUAAAUUGCAACAUGAAUUGGCAUUGCUAAAUACAUAUUAUUGUUUUUAAUUUUAAGGUACUCUAUUAUUUUAAAUCAUUUGAAGACCUAUUCAUUUCAUUUCUGUAAGUGAUAUAUUUAUCCUAAACUUCAAUCUAUGCUGGCAACUUAAUGAAGUCUUAGCCCUGAAUCCUAUUGAAGAAUAUUUUUUACAUCUAAAUGACAUUUUUUCAUACUCUGGUGUAAAAUAAAAUUAUAAAGAAUAUGGUUAAUUUUCCUGUAAAUGUAUUAAAAUAUGUAUUUCAGCCAAAAAGAAUUUCAUUAAAAAAAUUAAACAAAUAAGGCAAUAGAUUUUUUUUCUUCAGAAUUUACCCAAAGGCUGCUUAUUGUAAUUAAGUUGCACUGAACCUUUAUCAGUACGAAUUUUUGUUUUUGAAUAUCAACACCUCUCAUUCAAAAUGACAUCAGUGAUUAUGUAGUUCAACAACUGAAUUUCCAGAUAUUGAAAAUUUACAGUAAAGCAAUAUAUGUUCUUAUUAAAAUUUAUUUUUAAUACCAUGUCAAAAAAGGAUAAUUUAAUUUUUUGGACAUAGAUUAUAUUCAUGUAAAACCCUUUUCCUUGCAUAGCAUAAUUCUGUAAGAAAUCCAUCUUUCCUAGGCUGAUGAUGUGUAAUUCCAGCUCUUUCAAAAAGCUGCAAUAGAAAGCAGACAUUUGCUGUGACAUAGCAAUUAUGACAGGCAAUAGUUAGAAUACUGGAGCAUUGAUCGGUAUACGUGUAUUUUAGUUGGAAGCCCAGAUUUCCACCAUUGACCUUGAAAUUCCAAGUUUGUGUGAGAUUAGAAAGUGAAAUGCUAUUUUGUUUCCAAUGGAUUUAUUUAAGCAUUAUAAAUCCAUAACCACCUUAACCAUUUUGGUGUUUUACACUGAACACAAGUGGUUAGCAUUGAGAGAGCUGUAUAUAUUAUUACACAAAUUGCAGUAUGUAUGGUUAAUAAUCAAUAUAGUUACAGAUGUUAAAAUGUCCCAUUGAGCAAAACUGAUCACAGAUCCAGGUGGUUUGGAAUAGAAUUAUCAGUAUUAAGUUAUUUAAAUCAUUAAAUAGUGAUUCUCACUGGUAUAUACUGGAAAGUUAUUGUUGAAAAAUUCAUUCAGCAACGUCCACCUUUAAAAGGAAUUCAUGCUCUUUGUGGAUCAUUUUCAGUAUAUUUGUACUGAGCUAGCAAGGAAUAGAAGGUAGUUUAUAACUGCUCACGUAUAGCAUCUUUUUUAAUGCAGAAGGUGCAGUUUAUUUCUUUUGCUGGUGCUCCAUUUGUCAGUAUUGCCUUAAAUCUUCCUGGAAACCUGGAGUUUGACCACAAAAGAAGACAAAGGAUGUCAACCUCUUCCAUUGUUUGCAGAUUCCUUUGGUGGUGUGUAUAAAAUGUUUUUUUUGUACGUAGAAAAGAUAUAAACCAACUCUGGAGACAAAGCUAUACCAUGUUAUUAUGUUCAAUGUUAUAAAGAAAGAACUGAAAAUUAUAAUUUGUAAAUGAUGUGAUAAACCUUGAGCUACAUUUCAAUAACUCUGUAUAAAUGUUAAUUUUAACAAUUAAAACAAUAAAACAUAAGUGACACCAAGUAUAUUUUUACUAUCAUAAUAAAUGAAAAUAGAUGUACU